AUGUCUCAAACACUCGGAUUGACGCGCUUAGCCUACUCGCGGACAUGGCACCAGAUCUCGGCAUCCGCUCCCCACGCUGAGCUCUCGACCAUCAAGUCGCCGGAAUCAGCAAUUACACCGCCCUCUCUGGGCCGCCUUGCCUCGCGUAUCGCGGUACUCCUUAUGGGCAAGCACAAGCCGAUUUGGGACCCCUCGACCGACUGCGGCGACUACGUUGUCGUCACCAACUGCGCAGCACUCUACACGACGGGCAACAAGAAAUGGCGCAAGGAAUACCACCGCCACAAUACACGGCCAGGCUCGCUCAAGACGGUGACCAUGGACGUACUGAUGGACAAGUUUGGCGGCGCAGAGGUCCUGCGGAAAGCUGUCAGCGGCAUGUUGCCCAAGAACCGCCUGCGGGAGAAGAGACUCGCCCGGCUCAAGGCCUUUGAGGGCGACGCACACCCCUACAAGCAGAACGUCGUACGAUUUGGCGGCCUUGCGGUCGGCUCCGAAGGCUGGGAGGAGGCCGUUAAGGCGAUACGGGACGCUGACAAGGUCAUAUUAUGA